AUGUCCAAGAAAAAUAAGAAGCCCCGUCAGCUAUCUGAACAAGAUGUAUAUCGUGAUGCAGCACAUAUUUUAGAAGAAUUUUUAGAAAAUAAGCUGGGUCCAAAAAGUUUACAAAGCAAUGGAAGUUCAAUAACGAAUACCAAUUCUAGCAGUGGAUAUUAUGAUGCAUCACGUGAAAGCUUGGAUAUUUGGUUUAAAGAUGAUAACACUUCACAUAAUUUUAAUAUUGAAAGAUCUCAGACUAUGCCAUCAAGUUUUAAACUAGACGAUAAAGACGAAUUUACAGCAGAAGAUAUUAAAGAAUACAUGAAAACUAAGAGUGAUUUUGCUAACAGACGACAUUCUGGUUCUGCUACAUCAGGUGAGUCCGAUGUUCUUGAUAGUCGAGUUGGUGCUCCUCUACGACGAAAGAAAAGUUUCUAUAAAAGAGCAAAAGAACGUUUAAGUAUAACAUUCCGAAGACAAGAGAGAGAGAAAGAAAAUGAAGAAAAGGAGGAAGAAGAUAUCAGGAAAGAGAGAAAGAAGAAAAAGAAGAAUGAUAAAAAUGAUCAAAAAUCUUCUACAAUUGAAGUGAAUGGUGGAGAGCUAGAUGAUGAAUUUGAUGAUGAAGUCCAGUUAAGACGUGGUGGAAAUAGAAAGAGAAGUGACAGCACAGCUUCUAAACGAAGCUCUAUAUUUGAAUCAUUUAGGAGAUCAUUUCGGUCUAAAAGAAAGUCUACUACUAUAUUUGAAUCACAAUCAGCUGAUGCUAUUAUUGAUAAUAAAACCAGUGAUAAACGUACGUCUGAUGAUGGAAAAAAGACUGAUAAAAUACCACAACGCACUACUCCUCCACCUGUAAAAGAUCCUAAAAAAGAGGAAACAAAAGUACCACCAAUUCCUCUUCCUUAUAUUGAUACAAGUCAUUCUAUAGAUUUAGAUGACAUCAAAUAUAUUGAUGAUGAAACGACCACUGAUCAGAAUAAAAAUAAAACAGGUGAACUACCUAAACCUAGUCGUAGUCGUAAUAAACCUGCACCACCACCACCUAAAGCACCACCAUUACACAAUGGUACUAGUAAUGGGACUAGUAACAGUACUAGCGAUGCGGGAAAUUUAACAUUAGGUGAUAGUCUUAAUACUAAUAUUGCUACUUGUACUAAUGAUAAUUCAGGUGAUGAUGUUGAUAGUCCAGAUAAAAAAGAUGAAAAUAUUCCAUUCCAUGAGAAAUCAGACAGUGAAAAAGAUGAUUUGAUGGAAAAGAUAGCUGCCAAGUUAAUGGAUAUGGCUGAUAAAAUGGAUAAAUCGAAGUCUUCAAGUGAUACUGAUGGAGGUCAUAUAAGAUAUGCACAUGAUAAUUCUUCUAGUGUAGAUCCUGAACAAUUAACAGCUCUAGAGCAGGAGAUAUUGGAUUGUUUACGAGUUGGUGGAGACAGACUGUCACAAUCUUUUGAUGAUCCAGUACAAGUUGUUGUUGAACAACACAGAAAACAGGCAUAUUUGAGAUUUUAUGAUACAUUAAGAAAAGGAUUAGGUGAUGAGAUCAGUUGGAAUCAACUAUCAUUGAUCUACCAGACAACAGCAGGUGCCAUUAAAGCUGCCGGUGCUGGUACACAACUAGCCUAUAGAGUUAAAGAUAUGACCCAACAAUAUGUUGGUGAUAAGUUUGCUUCAUGGAUUGUAAGAGAGGGUGGUUGGGAUAGUAUGUUGAGUGAGUCUGAGUCAGAAGUAACAAGUUAA